AUGAAUCCGCCAACCCUAGCCAGUCCAUUCAUUCUCGAAAUUGCUAAACAUUUACCGAUUGUUGAAGCAAUUGAUAAAAUUCGCUUCUUAAACACUGAACUUUUCAAUAGAAUCUCGAAGAAUUUAAGGAAUUUCCGCGAAUGCCGUGGACGAGUUGCCUACUUGCAACAGGUCGAGCUCACUUACGUUGAUCAAAACGAGGAUCUCAUCACAGUUGGCUUGAAAAAGUUUCUUGAAGAGAAUGAAGAGAAUGAAGAUUCGAUCGUUUUGUUUGAAGUACUGGCAAUUGAUGCAUCAUUGACGCAAUCCGCACUGACGAAACGUUUCCUUAGCAACACAUGCGUUGACGUGGCUCUACUAGUGUGGACAAAUGACACAUUUGACGGUUUCAUUCGUCGUCCACUCUACGCACCACACGAUCCAUCAAUUCCGAUGGAUCCUUUAGAGGCUUAUCUGGCUGCCCAAAGUGCUAAAUCCAAUCGACUUGAAACCAUCGAAAAGGGUACUCAAGUUGCCACGUGGAUCGGCCAAUUCCUUAGACGUCCUCGUCUUUAUGGAUUCUUGAUUGCUUGCGUGGAUCGGCUUCAAUAUUUUGCAUUACCCACCUCAAUUCGAAUGAAUUACAGCCAACUCCCUACCACUUUCACGGAGAACAUGAAAAUUCGACCGAAAAUCGAUUCGGUCGGGAAAUUUGCGGGAUUGCUCGAGGCUUAUCAAGAUCGUCAAAUCGUGCACUACGCCGAGAAUUUGUCGUUCGUUUGCAGUCAUGAAGUGGUGGCUGAGAUUUGGAACAGACAAAUUCUGGCCGAAGAUGCAAUCUUUCAAAAAGAGAUCCUUUCGCCAGAUUCGAUUCAGCUCACAUGGGCAAAAAGCAGUUUGAAAUUGCCGGAGGAGUUAAAUCAAGAGUUUGAGCAGCUUAAUCCAUUCGAUCCAAUCGAUGUGACCAUUGAAGGAUGCGAGGAAAGGGGAGACAAAAACUAUCACUUAUUGCAAAAGAUUUUCCAAGAGUACCUC